CCGCCUGCCCUGACGUCCAAUCCGGACACGCCGCGGCGGCUCCGGCGCGGGCGCCGCGCCGCGCCACUGCUGUCUCACCCAUGUCCCUUACUCGCCACCUCGCCGCCGGCGACAUCCUCAGCGCCCUCCGCGGCGCGUCCUGCCCGUACUCGGCACUCCGCCUCUAUUCCCUCCUCCGCCUCCGGCUCCGCCCGUCGGAACCAUCCUACUUCGCCUGGCGCGCCGCCGUGUUCACCCUGAAGCCGCUCUCCGCCGCUUCUUCUAUCCCACUCCUCACCCAUUUCCACGGCCACCUACUCAGGUCCAACCUCCUCGCCUACCCCCACGUCGCCUCCUCGCUCCUUCGCUCCUACUCGCUCCUCUCCCCGUCCGCUGCCCACCAACUGUUCGAUCAAAUACCCUCCACCGCCUGCAACCUCUACGUCCUCAACGUCAUGCUUGCGUCACUGUGCCGCUCCUCUGACCUUGAUUCUGCGCGCACAUUCUUCGAUGGCAUCCCCGACAAAGACGUUGUGUCUUGGUCCACCAUGCUCGCUUGCUAUUUCUCCAAUGGUCACCUCGCUGAUGGGCUUGCAUUCUUCCGUACGAUGACAUUCACCACCGAUAUUGCUGUGGAUUGUGCCAUGCUCGCCACCUUCCUCACGUCCUGCGCAUCAGCUGGCUUUCUACCGCUGUUCUGCAGGGACAUUCACGGUUAUGCUGUACGCCACUCCAUCCCUGCCAGUAUGCACCUCGGAACGGCACUCAUUGAUUGCUACACCAAGACCAACAACAUUGACUAUGCUACCCGUGUGUUUGCUCGGAUGACUAAAAGGAAUGUUGUACACUGGACAAUUAUGAUUUGUGGUAUGAGUUCACAAUUACGCAACACCGAGGCUGUUCGUCUGUUUGAGGAAAUGUGUCAAAGAAGAGUGCAACCAAAUGAGAUGACAUUUACAGCUGUGCUCAGCGCAUGUGUGAAUGCUGGGAUGGUGGAGAAAGGGAGGGAGCUAUUUAAGCUUAUGGUUGACAGAUAUCGACUUGAGCCAAAUAUACAUCAUUAUGGAUGCAUUGUUGAUCUCUAUGCGAAGGCAGGGUUGUUGGAGGAUGCUUAUGAGGUUAUCAAAACCAUGAAAGUGGAACCAAAUGUCAUCAUAUGGACAUCAUUGUUGGUGGCAUGCAAGAAGUUCAAGAAUUUUGAGAUCGCCGUCAAGGGGAUGGAGAAAGUAUUGGCACUGGAGAUAUCUGAUGAAAACGCUGGAUUGUAUACAUUGAUAUCUGACCUUUAUGCUAUGGGUGGACAGUGGGAUGACGUGUUGAAGAUUAUGAGGCUGGUGGAGAAGCGUGAUGUGUGGAAGAACACAAGGCCACUGUCAACACGAUGGAGUCCUCCGGCUCCAGGUAUGCUGAAGAUCAACUCUGAUGGAGCCUUCCUGCAGGAUCGCGGUACUGGAGCAGCCGGGGCCGUGGUCCGUGAUAGCAGCGGCAACUUCUGUGCGGCAUCAGCCCGGUGGCUGGGCCCUGUGGGCUCGGUAUUGAUAGCUGAAGCGGAGGCGAUUCGAGAUGGUUUGCGUCUGAUUCCACAAGGAACCAUGGAACACAUCAUCGGGGAGACUGAUGCUCGAGAAGUGGUGGCGCUGUGGAAGAAUAGGACCAGGCAACGGUCCGAAAUUGCAGCAAUCCUGAAGGAGAUAGAAGAGAUAGUUUCAGCCUUCACUUCUUUCGAGUUGAUUCAUGUAAGACGGGAGGCAAAUUCUGUAGCGCACACAUGUGCCCGUUUUGCGUCUUCUUCUCUAGAUUCUCAUGUUUGGUUCUCCCCCCCAAGCUUCCUGCAGCGAUGCCUGCAGUCCGAUUGUAAUGAACUAUCCUAAGUAGUGAAGCUUUUGUUCCAAAAAAAAAAGGGUUUGUCUGCUGCAGUCAGUUGAUUCUUAACUUGGUUCCAUACUUCUAAAUAUUUGGCAGAAAUAGUGAACACAAGACUCUUUGAUUUGUUUCAUUGUGGAGGUAUUCAUAGGACAGGUCUGCUUGUUGUUUGUUGUAACCCAAAAGUGGAAAUUAACAAGAUGAAUACAAACUUCCACUCGAAUUUUGGAAUUAUAUUGAGA